AUGGAUAAUGAGCAACAGUCAGUAAGUAGUGAUACCGAGUUGGAAAGUGGGACACAAAGUAAUGUUAGUGACGUAGUUCAGGAAGUACAAUGUGAGAAUCUGGGGGCAGAAGGACAAGAAAUGUUGCCAUUGCCACCCAGUGAUUCAGUUGAUAGCGGAAAUACUGUGCCAUCCGCAAGCACUGGACACGGACCAGAGAGUGGUGAGGUGUCAGAAGUGCAAUCAUUAAGAGUUAUGUUCGAGCGCAUGCUCAAUUUCCAAGCUGAAUUUGUACGUGUGCAAGCAGAGCGUGAUAGAGAACGUGAUGCUAAACAAGCAGAACGCGAUAGAGAACGUGAUGCUAAACAAGCAGAACGCGAUAGAGAACGUGAUGCUGAACAAGCAGAGCGUGACCAGAGAUUGGUAGCUGAAUUUGCCAAACAAGCAGAGCGCGAUAGAGAACGUGAUGCUAAACAAGCAGAGCGUGACCGACGCCUGCAUGAGAGGGACUUGCAGUUGAUGCAAACUUUAGAAGUUAUGCAAAGUGAGAUUGUUAGUUUGAAACAAAAAUAUGAAACCAUACCCAAAACGGUGCAAGAAUUAAGCGAAAGAGUAGAUAGUGUUCAAGUGGCUAACGCCAAUAUAGUAGAGGAAAUCAGUGUCCUGACUAAUAGGGUCGAACAACUAGAAAUUGACACAACUCAAGUAAUUGAGAACAAAGUGAUAGAACAAGUGCACAAAGUAGAAAAUGAAGUCAUAAAAGAAAUAGAUCAGAAAGUGCACGCCGCAAUUGAGGCCAGAGAUGUGGGCUCAAGUGCGGAUGUGCAAGAUCUAAAAAGGAUAGUGCACAAAGACAUUCCGCUGUGGCAGCGGAGUGUGGACCGUCGUCUUGCCGAGAUGGAGCUUAGCUUGCGGCAUGACGAGGCACGGGCGUAUGUCACGCCAGCCAGGUCCAACAAUGAUAGGCAUAUAAAUACUGCAGUAAAAAAUUGCGACUGCGAGACAGAACAGGCAACCAAUAAUGAUGCAUCAUCACCACCAGUGGAAACAGCAGUGAUCUACUGGGAUGGAGAAGAAUAUUGGUAUUCAUUAUGA